GAAACUAUUGAAGUUAUAUUAAAAGAUAUUUGCCCAAUAUCCAACAACUUUAAAUCGAAAAUUGUAAAUAAAUUAAUAUGCUGUAAUUGUAAUGAUAUAUCAUACACUGAAGAAUAUUUUUAUGAUAUUUCUUUAAACGUUCCCAAGAAUAACACAAAGAAUUUAAAUGAACUGAUAGAUAUGUUUUUAAAAGAUGAAGUUAUUGAAAGAAAAUGCUCAAAAUGUAAAAGCAAUAAAUCAAGACUUGUCAAAUUUUUUACAUCAACUUCAAAUGUAUUAGUGUUACAUCUCAAGAGGUUUCAAAUGAAUUUUGAUACUAUGUCAAUUUUAAAAAACAAUGCUCCUAUCGAACCUUUAGAGUUUUUAAAACUUAAUCAAUAUAAUUUUGAAAUUCCAAUAAAUAAAGAAACUAAAGAUGAUAUAGAUGAUAAAAAUAUAGAUAGUAAAAAUACAAAUAAUAAUAAUAACAAUAAUAAUAAUAAUAAUAAUAAUAAUAAUAAUAAUAAUAAUAAUAAUAAUAAUAAUAAUAAUAAUAAUAAUAUAAAUAAAAAUACAAAUAAUAACAAUUAUAAAGAUAUUAAUUUUGAAAAUAAUAAUGUCAAUGGUAAUAUUUCAUCACCAUCAUCUACAUCAACUUCGCCAUCUAUGUCACCACCCCCACAGAAACCAAAUUCUCAAGAUUCAACUCAAGAUGAAUCACUUGACCCAAAACAAGUUGAAUUAUUGUAUCCACCUACCAAAAGUAUAAUCAACUAUUCACUUCAUAGCAUUGUACAACAUAGCGGAACUUUACAUACAGGCCACUAUAUUUGUUCAAUGAAUACAAAUAACUCUUGGAAUCAAUUCGAUGACUCAUUUGUAUCUCCUCUACAAAAAGAAAAUGUACUUUCGGUUAAAAAUGGUUAUAUAUUUUUUUAUGUAAAAAAUAUUGGUGCCAACUAA